AUGUCGCCGGUGGCCGGAGCUCACGUCCCUCUCCUCCCAAAUUCCAAGAGUGGUGGUCCACCGGCUACAGUUUUUGGUGCGGUGUUCAAUGUUUCAAACAGCGUAAUCGGUGCCGGGAUAAUGUCUCUUCCUGCUACCUUGAAGGUUCUGGGUGUGAUCCCCGCGUUGGUACUGAUUCUGGUUAUUGCAUUUCUGGCUGAACUAUCGGUGGAGUUCUUGAUGAGAUUCACGCGUGCUGGCCAAACGACAACUUAUGCGGGUGUGAUGAGAGAGGCCUUUGGAGCCUUUGGAGCUGUAGCAGCUCAAAUAGCUGUUGUAAUUACUAAUCUCGGGUGUUUAAUUAUGUACCUUAUUAUCGCUGCGGAUGUGUUUUCUGGGAAUAAACGUGAAGGGGAAGUACAUUUUGGUGUUUUGCAACAGUGGUUUGGAAUUCACUGGUGGAAUUCAAGGGAGUUUGUGUUGGUAGUUAUUUUGCUCUUAAUUUUGCUUCCAUUGGUCUUGUACCGUCGCGUAGAGUCGUUGAGGUUCAGUUCUGUAAUAUCAACUCUUCUUGCUGUGGCCUUCGUGACAACAUGUACUGUGUUGGCAAUUGUUGCUAUUGUAGAAGGAAGAACACAGUCUCCUAAAUUGAUUCCUCGUUUGGACUACCACACCUCUUUCUUCGACCUGUUUACUGCAGUUCCAGUGAUAGUCACAGCUUACACAUUUCACUUUAAUGUACAUCCAAUUGGGUUUGAGCUUUCCAAUCCAUCAGACAUGACAACAGCAGUUCGAUUAGCUUUACUACUUUGUGCUGUGAUUUACUUUUCUAUAGGCCUAUUUGGGUACCUCUUGUUUGGAGAUUCCACACAAUCUGACAUUCUCGUCAAUUUUGACCAGAAUGCUGGAUCUACCCUUGGUUCUUUGCUCAAUGUUUUAGUCCGAUUAAGCUAUGGAUUUCAUGUUAUACUCACUUUUCCUCUCCUGAACUUCUCCUUGAGAACCAACAUAGAUGAAUUCUUCUUCCCCAAGAAGCCUCUAAUAGCCACAGACAGCAAGAGAUUUGUGAGUCUCACUCUAGUGCUGCUAGUCUUGAGCUACAUUGCUGCUAUAGCAGUCCCAGAUAUUUGGUACAUCUUUCAGUUUGUGGGAUCAACAUCUACAGUGUGUCUUGCGUUUGUCUUCCCUGGUGCUAUUGUUCUAAGAGAUUCCUACGGAAUAUCAACUAGAAGGGACAAAAUCAUUGCACUCUUCAUGAUCAUACUAGCUGCAAUAACAAGUGUAAUUGCUAUCUCCACCAACAUAUACAAAGCUUUUCAGUAG